UGUAACGGGGAGGGAGGGUAUGGCUUAAGAAUUAACGGCCCUGUCAAUGAACCAGCCAGUCUGCUUGUCCAUCCUCCCCCGCCCAAGGUUGAAGUCCUCCAUCCCCACCCUUCUGGUUGGCUCGGUUCCUGGGUCAGAGGGCAGACUGGCUGGGGUACAAAGGGCAGCAAGGUUCGCAGGUGGGCAUACCAGUGUCCACCCCGACCGAAGAACCAGCAGCGGGGCACAGAGUCGACUCCGCCAGCACCAUGGCCGGCACAAGCCCCCCGGGCGAGCACCCGUCUGUGACCCUCUUCCGCCAGUACCUGCGCAUCCGCACGGUGCAGCCCGAGCCUGACUACGGGGCUGCCGUGGCCUUCCUUGUGGAGCAAGGCCGUCAGCUAGGCUUGGGCUGUCAGAAAGUGGAGGUGGCACCUGGCCGUGUGGUGACCGUGCUGACCUGGCCGGGCACCAACCCCAAGCUCUCCUCCAUCUUGCUCAACUCCCACACGGAUGUGGUGCCUGUCUUCAAGGAGCACUGGAGCCAUGACCCCUUCGGGGCCUUCAAGGACGCCGGGGGCUACAUCUACGCCAGGGGCACACAGGACAUGAAGUGUGUCAGCAUCCAGUACCUGGAGGCCGUGCGGAGGCUGAAGGCUGAGGGCCACCGUUUUCCCAGAACCAUCCACAUGACAUUUGUGCCAGAUGAGGAGAUCGGGGGUCACACGGGCAUGGAGCUGUUUGUGCAGCGCCCCGAGUUUCAGGCCCUGAGGACUGGCUUUGCCUUGGAUGAGGGCCUGGCCAACCCCACGGACGCGUUCACUGUGUUUUACAGCGAGCGGAGCCCUUGGUGGGUGCGGGUCACAAGCACGGGGAAGCCCGGUCACGGCUCUCGCUUCAUCGAGGACACGGCCGCGGAGAAGCUGCACAAGGUUCUGAGCUUAGUCAUGGCCUUCCGGGAGAAGGAGAGGCAGAGGCUGCAGUCAAACCCCAGCCUGACGCUGGGGGCUGUGACCUCCGUGAACCUGACCAAGCUGGAGGGCGGCGUGGCCUAUAACGUGGUACCGGCCACCAUGAGUGCCAGCUUUGACUUCCGAGUGGCUCCCGAUGUGGACCUGAAGGCUUUUGAGGAGCAGCUGCAGGGCUGGUGCAGGGAGGCUGGCGAGGGGGUCACCUUGGAGUUUGCUCAGAAGUGGACUGAGCCCCGGGUGACACAGACUGACGACUCGGACCCCUGGUGGGCAGCGUUCAGUGGGGUCUGCAAGGACAUGAAUCUCACCUUGGAACCCCAGAUCUUCCCUGCGGCCACCGAUAGCCGCUACAUCCGCGCGGUGGGGGUCCCAGCCCUGGGCUUCUCGCCCAUGAACCGCACGCCCGUGCUGCUGCACGACCACGACGAGCGGCUGCAUGAGGCCGUGUUCCUUCGCGGCAUCGACAUCUACGCGCGCCUGCUGCCUGCCCUUGCCAGUGUGCCGGCCCUGCCCACGGACCACUGAGCCCCACCCCCAAUAAAGUCAGCCUACAGGCUCGCCACCUCUCUAGCACA